AUGCGCGGAGCCGCUGGCGGAACGGCGGAAACCGCAAUAGACUUGGCGGCGGAAGAUGUAAGCUACUUGGGGGAAACUGUUACAGACUUGGCGGAAACCGGCGCAAGUCACGGGCGGAAGCGCCAAGUGCGCCAAGCGGCGGAAACAUCUCUCGCAAUCUCAGCCGUUGGUUCGACUCCCUCACCUUCGCGAGCCGUGAGAGCCUCGCGAGGGUCGCGCGGCCGAGCGGCGAAGCCAGUAGUGGAGAAGCGCUUAACGCGCUUCCUUCCGCAUCCGUCGCGCGCGGUUUUGGACCGAAUUGAACGCGCCUACUUACAUCGUCUGUACUUAAUCGGCUUCGACUGGCCGCGCGCAGCCCGCGGAAAUGGCGGAGGAGCCGGUAGCGCGGGGGGAGCCGGCGGGGGCGCGAGCGGGGGAACUCUUGCGCCUGGCGCGGGUGGCGCAGGUGGCGCAGGCGAUGCUGGUCUCGCUUUGGCCCUUCCGCCUCCGCACACCCCAUUUCCCCACAACCUUCCGCCUCCGCAAUCCUCUCUGUCCCCCUCGUCCCCGCUUGGUACACCACCAAGUGCUCUCGCUAUUUCUGCUCCCUCCACUCCCGCAACUCCCACUCUCGCCAGUUCCCCCGCUCCUUCUCUCUCCUCCCCCCACACCCCCGCCUCCAACGCCCCUCCCUCCGCCUCCCCGCUCCGCCCGUGCUCCUGCAAUUUCCACGUGCUGGGCGCAACGGGUAACGUGUACACGGUUACCAUCUCCCAACAGCCGUCCUGCACGUGCCCAGACUACGGCAACGGCAACCUGUGCAAGCACGUGCUCUUUGUGCUGCUGCGCGUGCUCCGCGUGGGCGAGGAGGACCCGCGCGUGUGGCAGCGCUCAUUGCUUUCUACCGAGCUGAACGAGCUUCUGGAUAGGAUAGACGCGCUGGAAAGAAGAACACUUGCUGCUGCUGCAGAGGGCGAGGAGAUUCUAGCAAGUCCGGCUGUAAGGGAGCAGUUUGCACGCAUUGCAGGGGGGGCUUCAGGUUCUGGUGCUUUGGGCUUCACUGAUUCUGGUUCCAGGGGUGAAGGCACCAGUCAGGCUGCAGUAGGGGAGACGGACCUUAGGCCAAAGCAGCGGCCGAUCGAAGGGGACUGUCCCAUUUGUUAUGAGCCUCUGGGAGGAGAGGGAGUAGGGAAGCGUGGGGGUGGGAAGCCAGCAGAGGCGGUGGUGUUCUGCCAGCGCUGUGGCAACAACGUUCAUUCAGACUGCUUCUCGCGCUGGAAGGCUGCCAAGAGGGGUGGCAUGGUGACAUGUGUUUGGUGCAGGGCUCCGUGGGGGGAUGGGAGCACUGCGCACAGGGCUAGGGCACAUCAUGACAGGGAUUCUGACAGUGAUGAUUACGAGGAUGAGGAGGGGCCUCAAGAGUAUGUAAAUCUGUCGCAGUAUUCUGAGGCUCACAGGGGUGCAGACGCCAGCUUGGAAUCUCUGUAUCCAGACACGUACAUGUUCUUCGGUGGAGGAAGGAGGAGGCUGAGGCGACCGUGGUGUUAG